CCGACAUAACAUCACCGCCAUCAAUCCAGUGCUCUAUUGCAUGUACACUCACUUGAACUGACAUAAUAUGCUUGUAUUCAACUGCGGAAUCUGUGGUAAAUUCUCGUUCACCCGACGACGACAACGACGAUUGCAACAGCCAACGCAGAUCGAAAUAUUCUCUCGAGACGACCAUAACGUCGAAACAUGGGAUUUAGCUAUACUUACAUGCGAUCCCCGUCUAGAGUACAACAUCAUAUCGCGCCAUCUGGUCAGACAAGUGCUGCAAAUACCAGUGCAUCCGAUCGACGAGAAGAUAGAGCAAUGCAUACACACACACGGCUGCGACGAAAAGAUACUAGGAUACGUCGAUCUUACAUGGUGCUUUGAAAGGAAUAAUAAGCGCAUACAAACCACUCGGUUCUGGGUUACAGCAACGGAGAACCCUUGCUACGAUGCGGUACUUGGACGAAGCGAGGCAGAACAAUGUGGGCUGAUCAAAGCAAAAAAGCAUUGGUAGUCAGUAAGAGCAGGUAAGUGUUGGCUCGUCCAGAGCACAGCACAACUUCUCCCAGACCCCCUCCUUUAUUGGAUUAGUGAAGCUCAGAAUGCUUUUUGCGUUCCACCUGGAACCGGUUAACAGAUCUUUUGUUUUUCAUCCUAAUUUGAAAUUUGCAAAA